UAGUAGUAGUAGGGGGGUCUUUCUGUUAUUUGAUAAGAGUAGAGUUUUUUCUUCUUCUACUUUUUUUUUUCUUCUUAUUCCCCUUUGGUCAACUAGCAGCAGCAGCAGCAGCAGCAGCAGCAGCAGCAGCAGCAGCAGUAGCAGUAUAGUAGCAACAGUAGCAAACCAUUAAAGUUUAGCCGCGAUCAACUCCCACCAGUAUGUCGUCCGUCUUGACCGUUUCUCAUCGCCCCGCAGCACCGCAGAAACACGCGUUUGCCAUCAGCAUUUGCUACCACGACUUGUUCGUUUCCUUCUGCACCGUCUGUCUCAUCGUUCACCACGACUCAACUGUAACAACCAUCAUCGGCAACAUCGUUGCCUCUGGUUCGCGAAUCGCGAAUUCAAUACACAGUACAUAAUCGAAAGGAUAAGCGACGGCGUGAAAGAAAGACGAAAAAGGAGGGAGGAAAUCUUUCGUAGUUAACUUCCGAUAAAAAAAAAAAAAAGAAGUUGAAUGUACGUAACAAUCGCGUGACGUAUCGAUCGGAUAACAACAAAAUCAUACAUGUACAUGUUUUCAUUUUCUCUGAUUUCUCAACGUGUGGUAAACAAAAAAAUAAACGAAGUACAAGUACACGAAGUGUCCGGUAUAAAAUAAAUGAAAACUUGACGAGUAAAUAGAUAAAUCAAUAAAUAAAUAAUAACAAAGAUCGUAUAAAACGUCAUCUCCAACUACAUAUAUCCUUCGCACCUGAGGAGCGAGCGUUGAAGAGGCAUUUUCCGCUUACUUGUUGCAGGUAUAUGGCGAAGCAGGAGAACGUCCAGUUUCAGCACACUGAUCAGUACGUUCUGAUGAAUUACGUUCCGGAAAAUCCCUCGGAAUCACCGCCUCCCGCUGCAGAUGACGAUAGAUCCGAGGAAGCUGCGGUAGAAUCGAUUCGCGAGACUAAGAAAGACGAAUCCGAACCCGAGGUAUCGGACGACGGAGUUUUUUCAUCUAGAACGGUGCAGGGUUUCGUGCAGAACAGCGUGAUAAAGGACUCGGCGUUAGAUUCUGAAAAAUUGUCGAUACGUGACGUCGACGUGCGAUUAUCGGCGACCGCGAUAAAAGCGUCGUCCUUGUCGUCCUUGUCGUCCGGAUCGACGUCCUUGAUUAAAUCCGAACCGUUGGAAAAUAAUUUCGAAAAUACGAUAUCGAUAGAGACGACCGGUUUGGUAGAUAAAAAAGACGAUGGCAGGUUUCGCGAGAAUCAACUAAUAAUUAUACCGGGUGCGGAUUUGCGUUACGACAACUUGUCCGAAGUCGAAAACGAAGCCGACGAUGAAAACGGUGGGGAUGUCGUGGGCGUGCUGGAGGCGGGACGACGGCAACUUGAAAAUGGCGCACUCGACGAACCAACUGCGACCGAGCCCCGCUGCAAUACGUUGGAACGUAACGUUGCACACGAUACCGAGCAGGGACAGGACCGGGAGAAUGAGAACCCCUACACCCUUCAUCAACUCGGCUACGACGAUCGGGCCAACGAUCGACAGGUCAUUCGAGAAAGGCAAGUUCUUAACGACGUCGUCGUUUCGAGGGUUUACUUGGAGGAGGAAUCGUCACCGGCGUACGAGGGGGAUGGAUCGGAGAACAACGGGGAUCCCGGAAGCAUGCGCUGCGGAGACGGGGAUGGACGUGAGAUAGGUGAAACGAAUCUCCACCGUCAGCUGCAGCCGCAUAACAGUCAUCGACGCGAUCAGGAUGACGAUCAGGAGCAUCGUCACGACGUUCGAGUUCGGCAUCAUCAGCAACACGAUCACAAUCACCACCAGCACCAGCACCACCAUCAUCAUCAUAAUCAUAAUCAUAAUCAUCAUCAUCAUCAGCAGCAGCAGCAGCAGCAGCAGCAGCAGCAGCAACACGAACAACAUCACCAUCAUCAUCAUCAUGGGCAACUGUUCGGGCAGCUCGGGGCGGGAGAAGUCCCUCCGAUCGGCGAGGGUGGGGAUAGCCAAGCGGCGGAGGAGGCUUCGGUUCAGCCGGAGGGCCAGCAUGGUUACAGUCACAUGCCGCACUCGACCAUGCAUCGGUACGCAACCGAGACUCUGAGUUCACCGACGGAACACCAUCAGCAACAGCAGCAGCAGCAACAGCAUCACCAUCAACAGCAACAACAACACUUGGUGGAGGGUCAUUCGAUGGUCGGUCAUCGCCAACAGCAACAACAACAACAACAACAACAACAGCACCACCAUCAUCAUCAUCAUCAGCAGCAGCAGCAGCAGCAGUUGGACGAUCACCACAGACAGGAGCAUCACGAUCACGAUCAGGAUGACGAGGAGGACGGAAGAAUCGGGGGAAUCGGUUCGGCGACGGUUGCGGCUAUGCGAUCGACCGGUUCGCGCGAGUUGACGUUGAGCGCUCUAUUUCCUCACCUGUCGAGCGCCACGAUGGUGGGCGGCGGCGGCGGUGGUGGGGGUUCCGGUCAUCAUCACCAACACCAUUUGGAUGACGUGUUGCCGGAUGAUCCGUACCUGCAGCUCCAGAUGAGAAAUCAGCAACAGCAGAACAGCGGUAGUGGUGGUGCAGGUGGAGGUGGUAGUGCUAGUGGUGGAGGUGGUAGUGGUGGUACAGGAGGCGCCGCGUCGACCGCCGGCGGAGGGGGUGGAUCAUCUCCUCCGGUUAGAACCGGUAGUUCACCCGGUUCGAUAAGUCGGAGUCCGAGAGACGAUCAUCAGGGACUCUCCUCGCCGCACAGGCACGCUCAACAGGACGGCUCCUACAGCCCUUCCCAGGAUCAGGGGAGGCUACAGUCGUUCACCCAUUUGACAGCGAUGCAACCACCGUCGGUUCAGGGGAACCACAAUCUCCAGGACACCGAUAGGGUAUCCGACCAACUCUACAUGGAAUCCAUUUACACCCAUCAUUCGACCGGCACUCCCCAUCACCAUCAGGAUCACGAACAAGGACCUCCGACUCCACACUCGCCCAGCGGACCCUUGUCAAGUUCCUCACUUUAUCCUCCGGGGAUGAGUGGCGUGGGUUCGAUGAACAGCGCAAGCGGAGGUGGUGGUUACAGUCUCCCUUACAUGGCCGCCAGUCCGACCGAAUUAACGUCACCCACGCAACCCCAUUGGUCGUCUCGAGGUUUGGCGAGCGGUCUUCUGGUGCCGGAAGAUUACGUCGGCGGUAAAUCCGGUGUGUCCGUUGGACACCAGGCCCUGCCGGCAUUUUCUCAACGAUUCGGUACCGGUCCCGGUUUCCGCGGUUACAGCCCUCCGUAUUCCUUCCCGCAGAGCAGCGCUUCGGGAUGCGGAGGUACGGGGGAAACAGGGUCGUGGACCUACGCCACCUCAUCCGGCAAUCCGAUCGCCGAUCCGAUGACCACUCAAUACGGAAACGUCGCUACGUCGACCAGAAAACAGCCUCUCACCACCUCGACGUUACCUCAGCAGCCCCUCAGCGCGGCGGCGAGCCUCUCAGCGAUCCACAACCUCGACGCCGAGUACUUCUCCGAGGGUCGUGAGUGCGUCAACUGUGGGGCAAUAUCAACGCCCCUAUGGCGGAGAGAUGGAACAGGUCAUUACCUCUGCAACGCUUGCGGUCUCUACCACAAGAUGAACGGGAUGAAUCGACCCCUCGUCAAGCAACCGCGGCGCCUGCACGCAUCGAGACGAGUGGGACUGUCGUGCAGCAAUUGCAAUACAACGACGACGUCGUUGUGGCGUCGUAACGCGAUGGGUGAACCAGUUUGCAACGCGUGCGGUCUCUACUUCAAACUUCACAGCGUCAACAGACCACUGGCAAUGAAAAAGGACAGCAUUCAGACGCGCAAGAGAAAACCAAAAGGUGGCAACAAAUCUACCGAUGCAUCGGCGUCCGCUGGCGUUUUGCCAGCGAUAUCGGCCGCCGCUGCCAACAACAAUAACAACAACAACGAAAGCAAACGGAUCAAAUUGGACCCCGAUUCGUAUCCAGAUCUGAGAAUGUCCCGCUCGAAUAUCACCCAAUCGUCGUAUCACGGUUCCGCAUACGCGUUGAGUCCUCAACCGCCAACCAGACUCGUACCUUACCACCAGAGCGGUACUCCGAAUACUCAUCUUUACUACGACAUGAUAGCUUCCCAACAGCAACAGCAACAACAACAACAACAACAACAACAGCAGCAGCAGCAGCAACAAUUGAUGGACAAUCAUUCACCGAAGGUCGAAUGUCCUUCGUCACCUUGCGCGACACGUUCUCCGGUUGGCAUGAUGUCGGCCAGUCAUUCGCCCGAUCAUCAUCACCAGUUAUCGUCUCCCCACAUAGUUACUCUGGGUGGCACAGGCAACUCGUCUCCCGGUCCAGGAAAUGGUAAAAUAAUAAUGGACAACGGUCACCUCGAAAGACCGACGGUCGUAUCGAUGUCGUCAUAACAAUUUUCAGACAAACAAACUAACAGUAAAAUAAAAAUAAACUAAACGGAACGUCGAACGUCUGAUUUCAACUCGCAGUUCUGCUAGCGAGUCAUUUUUAAAGUGUACAUAAUCAUUAUAAAUAUCUAUAAUCUAUCCGUAAACAUUAUAUACAUAUGUACAUGUGUAUGUAUAGGUACAUUAUGUGUACAUCGACAUUCCAGUUACUUUAGUUUAUAUAAAUUAUUAUAUAUAUUUAUAGUAGCUCGGGACGGAACAUAUUAUAAUAGCGUAUGUGUACGUAAUUGAUUAACCGAUUGGAUAAUUGAUCAAUUAAAAUUUUUGCACUGCACCUAGGUUCUCAUCGUACAUAUAUAUGAUACCUAUAAUCGAUCAUUGUCAUCGUCAUCAUCCUCGUAAUCAUUGUCAUGGCACAAUUAAGAAUGAUUAUAUUUUUCCAAAAAAUUACCCAUCAUAGUAUACAUACAUUGUACGCUGCUGCUAACUACGGGCGAUGUUAAGUACUAUUAAGUAGGCUGAUAAAUUACACACACACAUAUAUAAAGCGAUUCUUAUCACCGAGCAUAAUAAUGAUAACAAUUAUUAUUAUUAUUAUUAUACUCCAUAGUCACGAUAGAACUAUAUAACUAGCACGAUAGUUUUUUUUUUUCUGCUCUGUCAUUUUAUGUACCUAUCUCGUCACAACGAUGUAGGGUCCUAUUUCUAUAUCGUUCUCGUCAUAAAUUUAUUGGACAUUUCGAUUGUUUUGUUUUUUUGCUUUUUGGUUGUUCUUUCUUCCGUUCAUUAUUACGUCGCCUCAAUGAAACCUUUGGUAAAUGGUGGUCGUCGAUGAAAACCGUUCUGUAAUGAAAUUUUUCAAAUAUUUUCCAGCAAAUCGGAAGAAAGAUCGGAAAAAAAUGAGAAUCGGCGAACAAUUGUAAUUCACGAACAGACAGAUAGAAUGUAAAACAUUGCUAUACGUUGAUACAUUCCUUGUUCAGAUGAAAAGAAUUGAAAAAAAAAAAGAAAAAAAAAAACGCGGACCAUUUCAAGUAUGUAUAAAAGGCUCAACAACGAUCGAUGAUAAUAUUAAAUAACAAUAAUGAUAAUGACAAUAAUAACAAUAACAAUGAUGAAGAUUAGUAAUAAGUAAAAUGCGAUGCGAUUCGUAUAGAUUCAGAUUUAACAUUGUAAAUAAUGAUGACAAUAAUUAUGUAAUGAUAUGUAAGCGUAUAUGUAUAAGUCGUUGAUUGAAUAUGUUAUAUGUACGCAUGGAAAAAAAACUAAAAAGAUGAAAAAAGUUGGGGGAAAAAAAAAACAAAAAGAAAUAAAGUAUACGAAAGUAUCGUGAAAAAUUAAACGACAAUAUUUCAAGACUUGCCGAAUAAUUUUAUAUAAUAUACCUACAUAUAUAUAUAAUUAAUUUUGUUGAAUAUUAGAUAGUAUAAUUUUAAUAUAGCGAUAAGAAUGUAAUGAUCAUAAAAAUGAUAAUUAUAAAAAUAAUGAGAAUAUAAGAAUAAUAAUAGUAAUCAUAAUAAUUAUAAUUAUAUAACGCUAAUGAGAAUAUAAUGAUAAUUUUUACCAAAGACGUGAAACUUGAUGUAAAAAUUACCAACUGUCACUUGUAAUUCAUCCCUUCGCCGUAUGUGUAAUCAUAUUAUACAGUAGUAUAUGUAUAUGCCUACCCUAUAAUCGAACACCUGAUAAUUAUUGUUUUAGUUUUUAAAAUAAUUUUGAUCUUUGUCUUUUUUUUCUUCUCUCCCUUUUAUCUUUUAUCUGAUUGAUGAAUAAAAUCUUACGAAGAGAAAA